UGUAAGCUUGGUCUUGGCCUUCACCAAAUUAAGGAUAAGAGAGGAAGAAUUUAAGAGCCAUUAGAUUCCAAAGCGUUUGCAAUGGCUGCAACAGCAAAACCAUUGUUAAGCGACCUUGUUUCAGGUGCGAACCAUGUUCCUCCAAACUAUGUCAGACCUGAGAAUGAUCGUCCAAAUCUCGAUGAGGUUCAUUCAUUCGACGCUUCCAUUCCUGUCAUCGACCUCAACGGCCUCCAUGGUCCUCACCGUCCUGAUAUAAUCAACCAGAUAGGCCUUGCUUGCCAAAAUUAUGGUUUCUUUCAGGUGAAAAACCAUGGAAUUGAAGAAGAUGUUAUUAACAAGAUGAUGAGUGUAGGAAGGGAAUUCUUCCAUUUACCAGAAAGUGAAAGGCUGAAGAGCUACUCGGAGGAUCCAUUUAAGACCACAAGACUCUGCACCAGUUUCAAUGUCAGAACCGAGAAGGUGUCCAGUUGGAGGGAUUACUUAAGACUCCAUUGUCACCCUCUUGAGGAUUACAUGCGCGAAUGGCCAUCCAACCCUCCAUCUUUUAAGGAAGAUGCUGCAGAGUACUGCAAGAACGUAAGAGGGUUAGCAGUGAGAUUGCUAGAGGCAAUAUCAGAAAGCUUAGGACUAGAGAGGGAUUAUAUAAAUAGGGUACUGGGGAGUCAUGGACAGCACAUGGCCAUCAAUUACUAUCCUCCAUGUCCACAGCCAAAGCUGACCUAUGGCUUACCACCUCAUGCUGAUCCUAACGUCAUCACGCUUCUCCUUCAAGACGACGUGCCUGGCUUGCAGGUUCUCAAAGAUGGCAAAUGGGUUUCUGUCCAACCCAUUCCAAACACCUUCAUCGUCAAUAUCGGCGAUCAAAUUCAGGUUAUAAGCAAUGAUCGGUACGAGAGUGUACUUCAUCGGGCAAUUGUCAACAGCGACAAGGAAAGGAUCUCCAUUCCAACAUUCUAUUGCCCAUCGUACGAUGCCAUAAUUGGGCCGGCCCAAAAUCUAAUUGACGACGAUCAUCCAGCCCACUACAAGAGCUUUACUUAUCGCGAAUACUAUGAAAAGUUCUGGAACCGGGGCCUUCGAACCCAGACCUGCUUGGACAUGUUCAAAGCCUGAAUUCAAUUACAACCGGAUAUAUAAUUUGCUCGAACAAUAAAACAUUAUUAUUAUUAUUUUUUUUUUUUGGCUUACUUCUCUCCCUUCUCCGAUUUGCAAAAAUAAAUUACUUUGUUUAUAGCAAAAAGUACUUGUUGUUUUUCUUUUUUUCAUCCGUGCAGAGAGUAAUAUACAAGUGAUGUGUGUGAAAGCUUCCGUAUUAAUAAUUGAUUGAGAGUAAUAUACAAGUGAUGUGUAUGAAAGCUUCCGUGUUAAUAAUUGAUUGUACUAAUUUAUCAGUAAAAUGUCAUAUUUUCUAAUUUAUAAUAUCAUUUGCAAUUUGCUUGAUGA